UUUAGUUUAUCAUCUUGAACUUUUUGACAAACAACAAACGUAAUCAUGUUAAAAAAUUGCACCCAUCAUUUACAACCAUUAAAAAAAUCAAGUCGAUCAGUAUUAAUACAUAACAAAAAAGUCAAUAAUAAUAAAAUAAUAUACCGUUAUAUCAAUUAUUUAAUAAAAACCGAAGAACCAAAAGAACAAGAACGUAUUUUACGUAGUGAAAAAUUCAAGCUAACAAAUUGGAAGGAGAAAAGUAGUACAUUCUUUAUGAAGCAAAUGAAACAAAUGACAAAAGCACGUCCAAUUGAACCGGAUUAUUUUCAAAAACGUACAAUAAAUCGUCUGUGGAGUCGAUUUUUAGACUGUACAAAUUAUUUAAAUGUUGCAGAUGAAGAAUAUAAAAAAUAUGAAGAACAAGCUGAUAUAUUAGCAAAAGCAACAAACAAUACAAAAGCUUUAAUAAAUAUAUCAGAUAAAUUUGAUAGAUUAAAAAAACUUGAUCCAUUAGACUAUCGCAAAGUUUUAACACUAACAAACGAUGUUGGAGUACUUAAUAACAAAAAUACCAAGCAAUGUUGUCCAAUUAAAUCAUUUUCAGAAUUUGUUCACACAACCGAAAUAGUUAAAACCACGGGUUCCGAAUUAAUUAUAUAUGCACCUCCCACACGCAAAAAAAGACAUUUCCGUUUAAAUGUUGAAGAUUUCGCAAAUAAUUAUUUCUCAAUAAGACGACGAAAAUUUAAACCAUGACAAGACAUUGUUAACAUAAAAGUUGUAUCAAAAAGUUCAAA